CCUCGAAUCUGUGUACCACGACUUCUCCUUUCAUCUAAGCUGUCGAACGAGCGAGGGAGAGAUGGGUGGCCAGGGCUGGUCUCUGAAAUAUAUACCGGAUCCGUGAUACUGUCGUAUCCGCGAAGACUACCGGCAGAGACGCUGCAGACCACAUCGAAUCAACAUGGAGCGCCUCCGCAAGCUGCUGUAUGGCGAGCAGACAUACGAGCCUAUCGAAGAUGGCGAUGUCGCAGAUGAACCCCACCGGGAAGCGCCUGUCGUCAAAGAGCCGACCUUCUCAUCACUGGACUACGCCAUCUUCAUCGUGCUCGGCAUUUCCAUGCUCUGGGCAUGGAACAUGUUCCUCGCCGCCGGCCCCUAUUUCCGCCGCCGGUUCCGUAGCAACGAAUGGAUCUCCAACAACUUCCAGGCCGCUGAGAUCUCCGUGUCCACCGUCACCAAUUUGAGCUCCAUGCUGCUCCUUACUCGUUUGCAGACGAAGGCUUCCUACCCUAAGAGGAUCGUCGCUUCUCUUCUUAUCAAUAUGGUUGUCUUCACCCUCCUGGCCCUAUCCACCAGUAUCCUCCUCGACGUUUCCGCGAAAGGCUACUUUGCCUUUCUCAUGAUAGUCAUGGUGUCCACCAGUCUGGCUACGGCUCUCUGCCAGAACGGCAUCUUUGCUUAUGUCUCGGGUUUCGGCCAGCCUAGCUACACGCAGGGCAUCAUGACUGGACAGGCUAUUGCAGGAGUCCUACCAUGCAUUGCGCAAAUCGUGUCGGUCCUCUCCAUUCAGGGUGACACGCCGCCGCCGCUUGGCUCGGAGGAAGCAGACGCGCCGCCGGAGCCACCGCCCGUUCCCUCCGAAGCAGCUCUCGCUUACUUCUCCACCGCAUGCGUCGUCGCCCUGACUGCGCUCCUGGCUUUCGCCUUCCUCCUCGCCCGCCACCGGAGACCGAUCAAAGUGCAACACGCUGGAACAUCCACCCCCUCCGACUCCGAGCCCCCCAAGGCAGCCGUCCCUCUCCGCGUCCUUUUCGGCAAACUCCGCUGGCUCGCCAGCGCAGUCUUCCUCACCUUCGCCAUCACCAUGCUCUUCCCAGUCUACACGCAAGAAAUCCUCUCCGUCCGCCCACCCACCGACCAACCCCUCCUCCUCCAACCCGCAACCUUCAUCCCCCUCGCCUUCCUCUUCUGGAACGUCGGCGACCUCCUAGGCCGUCUCCUAACAUCCAUUCCCUCCCUCUCUCUCGUCCUGCGCCCGCGCCUCCUCUUCGCUCUUGCCGUCAGUCGCAUAGUCUUCAUCGGCUUGUACCAGCUUUGCAAUAUCCGCGAUCGCGGCGCGAUCGUGUCGUCGGAUUUCUUCUAUCUUGUUGUCGUGCAGCUGCUUUUCGGGCUGAGUAAUGGGUUUUUGGGCAGUUCUUGUAUGAUGGGUGCGGGCGAGUGGGUUGAGGCGGAGGAGAGGGAGGUUGCGGGCGGGUUCAUGGGGCUUUGUCUUGUUGGGGGAUUGUGCGUGGGUAGUUUGGGGAGUUUUGUUGUUGCUGGGGCGUAGCAUUGCACUGGACAUGGGCAUGAUAUGAUAUUGUGAGGGUAGAAGGAGUUCUACUGUGCCUAUGUAUUUCAAUUGGACAUCUAUCCACCCUCGUUCUUCCACCC